UCAGUCAAAGUCGAACUUGUGACUGAAAAGUCUAGUCAUUUCCAGUAUACAUUUAUCUGUGUUGCGCAUUUUAUAAAUAAAAAAAAUAUUUUAAAAUAUUAGAAAUUAAGAUGCUUAGUUUUCGAUAUGUACGAGGACGACUUUCUCCUAAUACGUUUAGCCAAUUAAGAUCAAUGUCUGGACAAUUAGGAGACCUAGGAAGUGGUGCUGGAAAAGGUGGUGGUGGUGGAGGCUCCAUACGUGAGGCAGGAGGGGCCUUCGGUAAAGCAGAAGCUGCUAAAGAAGAAGAAUAUUUUUACAGAAAGCAAAGGGAACAGUUGGCCAAAUUGAAAAAUGAUUUGCAUGAUGAAAUACGUUUUCAUGAAGAACAAAUUAAGAGACAUCAAGAAGCCAUACAGCGUCAAAAGGAACGAGUUAAAGACCUUGAUAAACAUUAAACAGCAUGUUUCUUUCAUAUAGCAUUGUAGUUAUUGCCGCUUGUAACUUGUUAAUAUGUAUCAUUUAAAUACAACAUUAAAAGUUGCUUUGUAUUAAGUUUUCUUCUGAAUGCA